UCUUAUUUGCUCAGGAAUUCGAAUUCGAGACAUAUCAUUUGACCAGCAAAACUAAUUUUCAACAGUUGCAAAUAAUCUCCGAAUCUCCGACGCUCAUCGCCAGAUUUGCAGACCUUACUUACAUUUCGUUUUAGCGACGACCUAUUCGCCUUCAUAUGCACCGUUGUCGUGGUCGGCCAACAAGAAGAAAACAUUAAAUUCGAUCCUGUUGUCGAAAAAACCUUCGGCAAUAUGUCGACACCGAUGAAUUUGUGCCUAGGCACGAUCAACAUGGCGACCCGCCGGCCACGGCCGAAGACCAAAACGGCGUCGAAGACCAGACGGAGCAGCAACGGUUCCAGUUUCGCUGGCUUCGGCCGCGAGAAGAAAGAGCCCCUGUGGCGGUGCGUGGAGAACUGCGGCGCGUGCUGCAAGCUGGACAAGGGUCCGUCCUUCGUCACUCCCGAAGAAGUCUUUGAUGACCCUGCUGACAUCGAGCUCUACAGAAGCAUGAUAGGUCCAGAUGGAUGGUGUGUACACUUUGAGAAAAGCACACGCAAAUGCUCAAUUUAUCCGGACCGUCCCUAUUUCUGUCGGGUUGAGGAGGAUGUUUUCAAGUCAUUAUAUGGAAUUGAUAAGAAGAAGUUCAACAAGGAGGCAUGCAGCUUUUGUAGAGACACCAUCAAAGCAAUAUAUGGUUCAAACUCAAAAGAGUUGGAUGACUUUAAUCACGCCAUUAGAAGCUCCAAUCCUGACUAGGGAAAUGAGGCCCUGCUUUGGAUGCUUAAGGCCAUCUAUUUCUGAAAGAGCUGGUGUCCUAGUACAGUCUAGAAUGAUUCCGCCAGGUGAGGGGAUUUUUGCCAGUGUCCUUAUGUAUGAUCGAUUCUGCUAGGAAGAUGGGGGAAACAUCAUCGGGUAAUUGGUGCUAUAGGACCUGCUGUACGAGGUUUACCUUUGUAAGGUUGUUCCGUUUGUGAAAUAUCAUUGUAAUUCCCUACGAAUUUGGGUGGCUGAUCAUUUAGUUCUCUUGGUGCAUCCUGUGGCUAUUCUUGUCCUCUGUAAAAUAACUGCAGAAUAUUUAGGAGAUUGAAUCAUCUUUUGUUGAGGCGGACUUGCAGAUACCUUUGUAUGUUGCUGUGGAGUUAAUCCUCCCAAAACACAAUGGCAGAUAGAGGAGUUGGCAUGGUG